GAAUCUUUAUUCCAUACUAAAUAUAGUUAAAAAAAUCAUUGUCAGAAAUCGGAUGCCCUCUUCACUGGUUUUGCUUAAUGUAUUCAUACAAUUAUCAGUUGUUUCGUGUAUAAAAAUAGCAUUAAAUUAUUUAAUAUAUACUACUCCGUAUUUGUUUCCGAUGCAGACAUAUUAUAAAAUUAUUCAAAUCUGGAAAAUAUGAACUUUCGUGGAAGCUGCUCGAUUAUGCGAAGACAGCUGAUGUCCAUGGUCUUCCCAAAUUGCUUGGGUGUUAUCCGUUUACCUCAUUUUUCUUCUCGUGUCCUCCGUCCCACAUCAUUUUUUAAAAUUUAAUCUUCAGAUUAAUGCUUUCUUUUUGGUAAUUUCAAGUUCUAAGAUUGUAAUCUAUAACAUUGCUUUAGCUUCAUAUAAUCUAGUUCACAGAAAAAAGUCGUCGGCUUUAAGAGGUAAAGUUUUCUUUAUGGGUCUCAUACUUUCAAACUUCUGAUGAUCUUGAUUCUUGAAUACACUUUCUGGGUUGAGUUCAUAUUGCAUCAAUGCUAAAUCAAUAUGGUUUUAACCUCUAAUCCAACUGCUAAUUUCUUGUUGGGUUUGAUGAAUUGAUUCGAAUUCUCGACUGUUUAUAUGUUCAAAGAAUGAUCGAUUGCUGUCGUUUCAAUCCAUUUCAUUUUCUCCUCAAACAAACACCUGAACGAUUGCUCUGAUAUCCAAACACAAAGUUCAUCACAUUGUAGAUGGGUAGCGACGAUAUGAACGAAGAGGAAACCGACGCAACAUCACCCACUCGCGAUCAUCACCUUCUGAGGCGCCCCUUUCGAACUCGUUACCCUGGUCAGGUUAGACUAAAAGCAUACAUCUUCGACGGAUUUGGUGAAUACUGUGAUAAAGAUUGGGAUUUAAUCGAGGGUAAUGGCAAAAAAUUCUGUUGGUAUCAUGUCGAACUUCCGAAAGGGAAUCAAAAGCUUUCUCAAUCAGCACAAUACCUAAUCGAUGUUCUUUGUCCACCAUUAAAGCUUCAAGACAUUCUUUCUUUAGUUAGCAAUGGACCCUAUUGUGCGCAUGUUGAUGGAGCUCUUGUAUUUAGGGUUAAUUCACCUGGUCCAGCUUCUAGCAAGUUUACAUUUCGAUUAGCUGCUAGAAUUACAGAGAAUUCGGUGAUUACUGUGUCAUUGGGUCGGGUACCCAGAUUGGGGUUUUCACCUGUGGGUCAAUCUUUGCUUAGUGAGAUUCCAAGUGUUGAAAGCCCGAGUCCUAAAUUUGGGGAUGAGAUGGUUGAUAGAGGUGGGAUUGUGAUUAAGGAACAUGUUCUUGACUUUUUGUUGACUAUGAAUCAUUCAGAGGAGGCUGAUAAUCCUGUUCCUAGAUCUGUAUCGAAUCUUGUUGUUCAUGUUAUUGAUACACAUGUGGAUCAUCUUGAAGAUGUUGUUACUAAUCUUGAGAUUGGGCUUGAUUCUGUUGAACUUGAUUUGGAUAAAGGUGGUUUUUCUUUGAAGAAGCAAUUGUUGAAUGAUAGACGAUUUCCAAAAAUGCUUCUAGAUUUGCAACGCCUAUUGCAGGUGAUUGCACAUGGGGAACAAGUGUUCCCAAGAGUGAAAGAAAAGUGUUCAACAAAAAGUUGGUUUGCUAAUGAAGACAUCAAUUCACUUGAAGAGUUAAUUGGGCGACUCAGAAGACUAAAAGACAAUGUUGGCUUCAUAAGCAACCGAGUCAAAGCUGUCCAGGCUGGACUUGACAGCUGGCAGGCCGAACAAAUCAACAGAAAACUAUAUUGUCUAUCUUUCCUCUCUAUCAUCUUCCUUCCUCUAUCCAUCAUCACAGGAGUGUUUGGAAUGAAUGUGGGAGGUGUACCUUGGACACAACAAAAAGAUCCGAAGCUGAAAAUCGGGUUCAGAAAUGUUAUGAUGCUUUGUGUGGCUACAUUAGUUUUUGUGCUUUUAUGUUUCUUGUUUCCAUUUUUAUAUAGCCGAUUAAUGGUAUGGAGAAGACAAAGAGAGUUGAAAAGAAAUUGGUCUUUUAAUCGGAGAUCUUUCCAUAAAAGAACUAUGGGAGGCGGAGAAAGAGGAGGUUACCUUCGACUUUGAAGCCAAUCAAGCACAAUCGAAUUUGUUUUUGAUUUAAUUUGUUCUAAAGUUUCUUUGUAUCAUCACAAUUUUUUAGCAAUAGUUAAUUGGGUCAUGUACGAAAUAACUUUUAUCCAUAAAUCCUACUUAAAUUUAUAUGAAAGCUUAACUAGAACUUGCUUUCGAGUACUUAGGUAUUCUCAUUUGUGUUAUAUGAUAGAAAUAUUGCAAAAGCUCACUAAUUUUUGUAUGCAUGCG